AUGACCGUUGCCAAGAGUUAUCAAAAUUGUGCAGAAACCGAGGUCCCCGGUUAUAACGACUGUCCUUCUUUCCUGUUUAUGCCUCAAAGGCCGUCCGCCAGGAGAAAACAACAUAGAGUGAUAUCAGACCAUCUCAGUGCGAAUAAUAGUCCUUCUACCCACUCUACGAGUACGACAGACACAACAACGGCACCACCACCAAUUCUGCAUAGAAAGCCUCACGAAAUAGCGAAAAACCAAGAAAAGACAUCCAAUGCUUCUUUAAAUAAAGAGGAAAUUUUGCAUAGAGUCAAUGAACUCUACGGUUUAAAAUCGAAGCUGGUAACCAAUGAAUUCGAAUUUUAUAGAAGAAAAGUGGAUAACAAUUUGGUAAGUUCAUUAGAAAAUGAUUCUACUAGAGCUGUCAUGACGAGAUUUUUCCUCGAAGCCAAUACUGAUAGGACUAAGGCUUCCAACACCUUGAGGGCCUGGAUGUCGUCUGAUGUUAGUGUUCUCAACUGGUGUCCAGCAUUCUUAAAGAUCUUCGAGCAUGCAGAACACGCAUAA